AUGACUCUGCCAGACCGCAAACCAAGGAGCACAGCACGAGAGAAUGCUACACCAGACUUCUUCAACAAGUCUUGGAAUGGAAAGCAUCAUUACAAGGUAUCAGUGCUGCAGACAAAUGUCCUUCCCUCUCUGAUUGGGAUUAUCUGUUCAGCAGGCUUAGCUGGAAAUAUCCUCAUUGUGUUCACAAUAAUAAAAAAAAAAAAAAAAAAAAAAACAGAUAUCUGCAUCUGCAAUCUGGCUAUAGCAGAUUUAGUUCAUAUAAUUGGCAUGGUCUUCCUCAUUCACCAAUGGGCACAUGGAGUCGAGUGGGUGUUUGGCAGCCUUCUUGGUACCAUCAUUACCUCCCUGGACACAUGCAACCAGCUUACAUGCAGUGCCAUUAUGACUGCAACGAGUUUGGACAGAUACCUCACCCUUGUCCAGCCAUUCCACCUAACCCACCUGCGAACAAGAUCAAAGACAUUUUGAAUCAACUUUUGUUUAUGGGUAGCAUCACUUAUUCUGGUGUUCCCCGUAUGGGUCUACUCAAAAGCAAUAAAGUUCAAAGAUGGUUUAGAGAGUUGUGCUUUUGAUCUGACCUGAUGAUGUUUUCUUCUCUGGUAUACACUUCAUCUUACUAUAACAACUUUCUUUUUUCCUUUGCCACUUAUUUGCUACAUUCUAAUUUUAUGUUACACAUGGGAUAUGUAUCAGCAGAACAAGAAAGCAGAAAGUUGCAACAUCAAUAUCCCCAGACAAAGAGUCAUGAAGCUCAUUAAGACAGUGCUCGCUCUGGUCAUUAUGUUUGUGGUAAGUGCUGCCCCAUUCCGUGUGAUCCAGCUUGUGAAUCUCCAGGUUUCUCACCCAACUCUAACCUUCUACAUGAGCUACUACUUCUCCAUCUGCCUCAGCUAUGUCAGCAGCAACAUCAAUCCAUUUCUCUACAUCCUGAUCAGUGGGAACUUCCAGAAGUGUCUCUGGAGGUGCAUAAACAUGGAAGUAAGGAUGGCAGAACAAGAUGUCAAACACAUUGAAAAUAUACAGAAGUCAAGUUUUUGAAAAAAUGUAUUAUCUAUGUGCCAAUUUUAUUGGUCACUAUAGCUAGGCCUGAUUUCACUUCCUUCAUCAAAGUGUAACUCAGAAGUGGCUUUGUCACUGGAA